AUGCGGAAUGAGGCAGGCGGGGCCGGGCGCGGCUGCGGUGUGGGGCGGUUGGGCAGCGCGGGCUCCGGGGCCUGAGGAGCCGGCGGCGCCAUGGAGGGCGGCGGAGGAUCAGGGCGCAGUGGCCGGGACAAGAAGAAGGGGAAGGGGCCAGAGGAGUCGGCGGCGGGAUCUGGGGACCCCGGCAAGUCAAAGAAAUUCACUUUGAAGCGGCUGAUGGCGGAUGAGCUGGAGCGAUUCACCAGCAUGCGGAUAAAAAAGGAGAAGGAAAAAUCCAAUGCGGCUCAUAGGAAUUCGUCUGCUUCCUAUAAUGAUGUUCCUAGUGCAGGCCAGGUGCUGCAGGACAUCACAGAUCAGGAGGUGCUGGGCCUCUUUGAACAGAUGCUGGUCGAUAUGAAUCUGAAUGAGGAGAAGCAGCAGCCUCUGAGGGAGAAGGACAUAAUAAUCAAGAGGGAGAUGGUGUCCCAAUAUCUACAUACCUCCAAAGCUGGCAUGAGUCAGAAGGAGAGCGCCAAGUCAGCCAUGAUCUAUAUCCAGGAGCUGAAAUCAAAUCUCAGGGAUGCCCAAUUGCUCGGUUGUUUGGAGUCUCUGCGAGUGUCGCUCAACAACAACCCUGUCAGCUGGGUACAGAAUUUUGGGGCUGAGGGCCUCAACUGUCUGCUGGACAUAUUAAAAAGGCUCCAUGAUGAGAAGGACGAGGCACCCAGCUCCUAUGACACCCGAAGCAAACAUGAGAUCAUCCGAUGCCUGAAGGCUUUCAUGAACAACAAGUUUGGAAUCAAGACAAUGCUGGAAACAGAGGAGGGGAUCUUGCUGUUGGUGAGAGCUGUUGACCCCAAAGUCCCUACCAUGAUGAUAGAUGCUGUGAAGCUGCUGUCUGCUCUCUGUAUCCUGCCUCAGCCUGAGGACAUGCAUGAGCGAGUUCUGGGGGCACUGACAGAGCGAGCAGAAGUGGACGAGGUGGAGCGAUUCGGUCCCUUGUUGGAUGGUUUAAGGGGCGGAACCUCUGUGGCACUGAAGGUAGCCUGUAUGCAGCUGAUCAAUGCCCUUAUCAUCCCUGCUGAUGAGCUCGACUUCCGAGUUCAUAUUCGAAGUGAACUGAUGCGUUCUGGGUUGCAGCUCAUCCUUACGGAACUGCGGAAACUGGAGAAUGAGGAACUGAAGGUGCAGCUGAGUGUAUUUGAAGAACAUGGUGAGGAGGAUUCUGAAGACCUCAGGAGCCGCCUUGAGGACAUUCGCAUUGAAAUGGAUGAUUUCAGUGAAGUCUUCCAGAUUCUCCUCAAUACAGUAAAGGAUUCCAAAGCAGAGCCAUUCUUCCUGUCCAUCCUGCAGCACCUUCUGCUGAUCCGCAACGAUUAUGAAGCCAGGGCUCAGUACUAUAAGCUAAUUGAUGAAUGCAUUUCCCAGAUAGUUCUGCAUAAGAAUGGUGCUGAUCCAGACUUCAAAUGCAAGCACCUCAACAUUGACAUCGAGGGAUUAAUAGAUAACCUGAUUGAUCAAACGAAGGUGGAGAAAAGUGAGGCUAAAGCAGUGGAGCUGGAGAAAAAGCUGGACUCAGAACUAACUGCACGGCAGGAGCUUCAGGUUGAAAUGAAGAAGAUGGAAAGUGACUUUGAAAAGAAACUCCUGGAUUUAGAUGCAGAGAAGCAAUUCCUGGACAAGGAGAAACAACAAAUUACCCUAGAGAAGCAGAGUUUAGAAGAUGAAAUCUCCAAGAACAGCAAGCAGAUCGUUGAGUUAUCGAAGGAGCUUGAAGAUACUAAGAGGGAAAUUGCUGCUAUCUCUUCUAAAGCUGCAUCUGCCCCGCCUCCCCCGCCGCUCCCUGGGGCGGCUGCGGUCCCGCCGCCUCCCCCGCCGCUCCCUGGGGCGGCUGCGGUCCCGCCGCCUCCCCCGCCGCUCCCUGGGGCGGCUGCGGUCCCGCCCCCUCCCCCGCCGCUCCCUGGGGCGGCUGCGGUCCCGCCCCCUCCCCCUCCGCUCCCUGGUGGUCCUGGGAUCCCGCCCCCUCCCCCUCCGCUCCCUGGAGGUCCUGGGAUCCCACCGCCUCCUCCAGGAAUGGGUGCCCCUCCUCCUCUGCCCCCUGGGUUCGGGAGCUGGGGAGCCCCUGCACCUCCAGCUCUCCCCUAUGGAUUGGCUCCAAAGAAACAAUAUAAGCCAGAGGUGCAGCUGCGGAGACCUAAUUGGUCUAAGAUUGUGGCAGAGGAGCUCUCUCAGGACUGUUUCUGGACCAAGGUAAAAGAAGAUCGAUUUGAGAACGAUGAGCUCUUUGCCAAGCUAACGCUCACCUUCUCUGCCCAGACUAAGUCCUCCAAGGCAAAGCAAGACCAGGAAGGCGGACCAGAGAAGAGUACACAAAAGAAAAAGGUCAAAGAGCUGAAAGUGUUGGAUUCAAAGAGUGCACAGAAUCUCUCGAUUUUCCUGGGCUCCUUCCGUAUGCCUUACGAGGAGAUCAAGAAUGUAAUCCUGGAGGUGAAUGAGGCUGUGCUGACUGAGUCCAUGGUGCAGAACCUGAUUAAGCAGAUGCCAGAGCCAGAGCAGCUGAAGAUGCUGUCAGAGCUGAGAGACGAGUACGAUGAGCUGGCUGAGUCUGAGCAGUUUGGUGUUGUGAUUAGCUCGGUUUCCCACCUGCGGCCCCGCCUCAACGCCAUCCUUUUCAAGCUGCAAUUUAAUGAGCAGGUGGAGAACAUCAAGCCUGAGAUUGUCUCCGUAACAGCAGCCUGUGAGGAAGUGCGUAAAAGUAAGAGCUUUUCCAGCCUGCUGGAGAUAACCCUACUGGUGGGCAACUUCAUGAAUGCAGGCUCCAGGAAUGCUGGUGCCUUUGGCUUCAACAUUAGCUUCCUCUGCAAGCUCCGAGACACAAAAUCCACUGAUCAGAAGUUAACAUUGCUGCACUUCCUGACUGAGCUGUGUGAGCAGCAGCACCCCGACAUAAUGAAGUUCCCUGAUGAGCUCAUCCACGUGGAGAAAGCCAGUCGAGUCUCCACUGAGAAUUUACAGAAGAAUUUGGAUCAGAUGAAGAAACAGAUUUCAGAUCUGCAGCAUGAUGUUGAGAAUUUCUCCAGUGACACAGACAAGAAGGACAAAUUUGUGGAAAAAAUGACCAUCUUUGUGAAGGAUGCUCGGGAGCAAUAUGAAAAGCUGCAAAUGAUGUACUCAAACAUGGAUAGCCUUUUUAAGGAGAUGGGCCAGUACUUCCUGUUUGACCCCAAGAAAAUGUCCGUUGAGGAGUUCUUCAUGGAUCUGCACAACUUCAGGAACAUGUUUCUGCAAGCUGCCAAGGAGAAUCAGAAGCGGCGUGAGACAGAGGAGAAGAUGCGCCGAGCUAAACUGGCCAAGGAGAAAGCUGAGAAGGAAAGACUGGAGAAGCAGCAGAAGAGAGAGCAGCUGAUAGACAUGAAUGCAGAGGGUGAUGAGACAGGGGUGAUGGACAGCCUGAUGGAGGCCCUGCAGUCAGGAGCAGCAUUCCGGAGGAAGAGAGGACCUCGCCAGGACUCUCUCCUGUCACUCUGUGAGGUGGAGGAGGAUACACCUGAGCGGCAAAGAGAAAAGCCGGCUGUGCUGUCACCUCACUGCUAGCCUCGGAGCUGAUGAAAGACGAUGCGCUGAGUGCAGUACCAAGCAAGGCAGUAAAGCGCACUGAGGCAGCAACGGAUGGAGGGACCCCUGAUGAUAGCAUGGAGAUGAUCAGCCGUUCAAGCUAGGCCUGGGCCCCAGACUAGGGCUGAAGCCUGCAGGACUGAAAGAGUUUUACAGAGGAAGCAAAAUACACUGGGUCACUUUGCAAUCUUUUUGCAUGGAUCUGAGGGGCAGUCUGAUUUCCUUCUUGCUCUUAGGGCUGCUUGUGCCAGCUUUGGCCUUACGGUUAUUGUUCCAUAUCUCGUCUCCAGGCUUCAGUCUUUCUGCCUCUCAAAUUACAAAGCAAAAAGCUUUACCUGAAUGUAAGCCAUGCUUGGAGCAAGGUGAGAGAUGCUCUCCCUUCCCUGCAGGGGGAUGGUAGAGUGUACUGGGAGAAAAGGGGCAUUGAUGGAGAGUUUAGAGACCACAGCCCCACCCAAACAUAUCACUGCAUUGGGUGUUGCCAAAGCAGGAACAUUACAAGCUGCCUUAACCCAGACUUCUUUAGUUUGUAACUUUGGGGGACGCUGCUGGGCCAGGCCAGCCAAGGCAUCAGUUCCACGGGUGACUUUCCUCCAGCGGGUCUCGAGGUUCCCAGCCCACUCCCUUAUCACCAGUAUGUGGGAGGAAACCUUGUAGGUAAAUUUAGCUGGGCUUCUACUUCUCCAACUGCUGUGCUGUGUUCUUGGACUGAGCACCUUAUCCUGCGCCCUGUCCUCACCGUGUGCUAGGAGAGAAAGGGGCUCUCUAGACACCUGAGGUGCCCUUGCCUCCUUCAGGACCUGCUGCUUUCCUGCUCUUCACAUGCCCUUCCUUUGCUUGCUCUAUUUAUUGCUAGCAUUCCCUUAGCAGAGCCCUUCCUGCCACUGUGGAAAUGAUGUCAUAGCGGUGAUGACCCAAGAGGUGAGUGUUUGCUUGGGGGCAAGAAGCUGCUUCUGGUGUAGUAGCUGCCUCUGCAUGCUUUGGAGCCUAGGAAUAAAGGUUGUUGUGUAUCACUAAGUGGCCUGAAGUUGAGACCUCCUCCCAUCCAGUGUCACAUGCCUGAGUGAAAGCAUUCAUGGCAGCUCCCUGGCAGCAUCUGCUUAGAGUGAAUCCAGGCUGCACUUCUAUCUGCACAGGACUCUCUCCAUUGUACACGAUUUUCCAAUCUUUUGUGGCAAAUCCCUUGUGUGGCUGCAGCACGAGGGCUGGGGGCUGCAGCAUGGGCCCCAACUUCCUCGAGGCUGCUUGCUUAGGCUGUUGUGUUGUGCCAUGCAGAGGAACUCCCUUCCCUCCUUGCCAUGGCAACAGAUGGGUGGAGCUUCCCUUUGGCUAAGAAAUCACUUUGCAAAUGUAUCUAUUUUUGUAUCAGAUUUUGUUUUAAAAGGAAAUUUGAAUGUAAGAUAAAAAUAUCUGAAACAUU